AUGGAGCCUCAUUUCAGCAGCAGCUACUACUACGGCGGCCACGCCGUCACCGCCGCCGCCGCCGCAUAUGCGCAUUGUGAUAGCCACUACAGCAGCCUCCAACAACACUACGACGGCGGCGCCAUGGACGCCUCCGCCGGCUUCCAGCCGUUCUCCACAUACGAUCCUCACACGUACAGUGGCGACUACUACCAUUCUUCCUCAUCCGCGGCCAGCUGGCCGUCGUCGUCGUCGUCCGGCGCCGCGCCCUCCAACCACCACCAAAUGCCGCAGCUGCUGCAUUUCGGCGGCGGCAUGGUGGACGACGAAUGCUACAGCUACCAAGUCGACGGCGUGGGCGUGUCGGACAUGGAUCGGUUCAGCGCCCUCAUGGGGGCGGCCUCCAUCUCCACCACCACCUCCACCAGCAACUCCUCCAGUGCCUCGUCGGCGACGGCCGCCGGUCAUCAGGCGGCCGACGCCGACGACGGGCCACCGCUGAUCGGGGUGCGGAAGCGGCCGUGGGGCAAGUACGCGGCGGAGAUACGGGACUCCACGCGCAGCGGCGAGCGCGUGUGGAUCGGCACCUUCGACACCCCCGAGGCCGCCGCGCUCGCCUACGACCAGGCCGCCUACUCCAUGCGCGGCCCCGCCGCCGUGCUCAACUUCCCCGUCGAGCACGUGCAGGAGUCGCUGCGCGCGCUGGGGCUCGCCGGCGGGGAGGACUCGCCGGUGAUGGCGCUCAAGCGGCGGCACUGCAUCCGCAAGCGCCUGCCGGCCAAGAGCAAGAAGGCGGCCGCCGGCAAGGACCAGACGGCGGCGGCGCCGACCACAGCCGCUCCGGAUCCGGCUGCCGGCGUGCUGGAGCUGGAGGACCUUGGGGCGGAUUACUUGGAGGAGCUGCUCGCUCUCUAUCCGAGCAAUGAGCACCCAUUCAGCAGCGAUCAUCUGUGUCAUCCAUUCACUGACGCCUGA